AUGGCUGUCGGCAAGAACAAGCGCCUUAGCAAGGGCAAGAAGGGCAUCAAGCGCAAGGUGGUGGACCCCUUCACCCGCAAGGACUGGUACGACAUCAAGGCCCCCUCGUUCUUCGAGAACCGCAACGCCGGCAAGACCCUUGUCAACCGUUCGCAGGGUCUUAAGAACGCCAACGACUCGCUCAAGGGCCGUGUCGUUGAGCUUUCGCUUGCCGACCUCAACAACGACCAGGAGCAGUCUUUCCGCAAGAUCAAGCUCAAGGUCGAGGAUGUUUCGGGCAAGGCCUGCCUCACCUCGUUCUACGGCAUGGACUUCACCACCGACAAGCUCCGCUCGCUCGUCCGCAAGUGGCAGUCGCUCGUUGAGGCCUCGGUCGACGUCAAGACCACCGACGGCUACAUCAUCCGCCUCUUCGCCAUCGGCUUCACCCAGCGCAACCGCAACCAGGUGAAGAAGACCACCUACGCCCAGUCGUCGCAGAUCCGUGAGAUCCGCGCCAAGAUGGUCGAGAUCAUGCGCCGCGAGGCUGAGGGCUCCGACCUCAAGGAGCUUGUCCUCAAGUUCUUCCCCGAGUCGAUCGGUCGCGAGAUCGAGAAGGCCUCGAAGGGCAUCUACCCCCUCCACAACGUUUACGUCCGCAAGGCCAAGAUCGUGAAGGCACCUAAGAUCGAUGCCUCGAGGCUCCUGGAGAUGCACGGCGAGACCAAGGACGCGUCCGGCGCCCGUGUCAUCAAGGGCGGCGACUUUGUCGAGCCUGCUCCUCUUGCCUCGGUCUAA